GAUUAUCCGGUUUAAUGAAAAUAUAAUUUGUUUUUCCUCUGCUAAGGCUGAUUCUCUGAAUCAUAUCUCUUCUUCUUCUCUAGGCUUGAUUCUCACGAAUCAAGAGAUGUUUAUCCUUAAUUCUAUCACCCAAUCUUGUCAUGUAUAAUACAUGACAAUUGGUAUCAAGAGCCGUUUCGAUCCAUGGGGGAUUUGAGGGCAGGGUUCGAGGAAAUCACAUCGAAAUUGGUAGAACUGAAUAUGAAAAUGUUAGAAGUGAAGAAGCAACGUGAUGAUUUAGCAUCAACGAUGCUUACCAAAGAAGUUUUUUAUUCAACAAUGGAGAAAUAUUUUGGUAAGAAAAACUGCAGUCAUGAAGAUCCAGUAGGAGCUUCAAAAAUUACUUCAAAAUUAUCGGAUGUAGAAGAUCCUACUAAAUCAAUUGGAAACGGCGACGUAAUUCCUACUUUUGUUGCUCAACCCUCUGAUUCGGAAGACUUCAGUGUUGUUAUAUCGUAGGAAGCAAAAUCAAUUCCUACUUCUGUUCAGCUAGAUUCUUCUUCUCAAGUCCUCAAUAUGGUUGAAUCUCAGAAAGUUGACUCAGUUUCCGCUGGCGUUGUUAAAGAAAAGGAUGGUCCCUUCGAUUGUGUGAAUUUUCAAUUUAGUGAAACUGCAAAGACAGAUGUUAAGGACUUCACCCGGAUAAAUCAAAUGAAGAUUGGUGGAGUAAAUUAUUCUGCCCUAGAUUUUUACUACAACAAAUCAAACUCGGGGAAUUGUUUUUCUAUCUACCUUGAUGUCACUCGUUCGUUAUUUGACCGAGAUAGAUAGAAUUUUUACUUUUUUCUUGGUAUGGAUGGUUAAACAUGGGAAGGCACAUGAACUGCUUGUUAAAAGGCCUGAGGUUGUAUCUUGGAAUUUGAGCAGUGACGAAGAUGAUAUCCUCUUACAACUUCAACAAGGUAAGAUAUUUGUUAAAAGGCUUCCAAUGGAUAAUGUAUAUUUUGAGCUCAAUUUUUUUUUCAACCCCACACUGCCUACUGGGAUAUCUUUUCACUGUUGUUUCAAGUUUAUUGAUAAAGUAAUUGAUAGUGGAAAAGUAAUUCAACUUUUCGAGGGGUGUUCUUAUUUUGUUGACGAUUAUGCGGUCCAUCUCAAUAAAGAUACAUCAUGUGUGAUUGUUUUUCGUGGGUCAGCCUUACUUGAAAGGUACAAUGGGGUGAUAUUUAGUAAACUUCCUGAGAGUGCAGCUUGGAAUUUCUGGAGUGUUGGAGUUGAUCAUCUCUUGCAGCACAAAAUGGGAAAGGUAGGUUACAACUUAAUUAUGGAUGUAUAUAACUCUGUUUUUCUCGAUUUUGUUCGCAGUCUGUUUGAUCGUGGGAAAGUGAUCGGCCUUCUUCUAGGGGUUUCUUAUUUUUCUACUCUUGAUUCUAAGUUUGGGCAUCAAAUGAAGGUGUGGUUUACAGACUUCUUAUUAUUUGUUUUAGCUAAACUGGGUGAUAAUGGUGAUACUAGUAAAUUACUUGUCAAAAUGUCACGAAGAGGAUAUCUUACUAACAGUUUUCCGAUGCUCCUGAGGAUGCAAAUCGGUGGAAUUCAGAAUGCUUAUAAAUGCUCAUGUGCUCAAAGCUCCGAGAAGUGGGGAGAAGCAUUUUCUCUUAUUCAACUGAAGUGUGGGUUGCUUGUGGGGAUUGCAGUUCAUUCUUGUGCAUUAUUAUUUGUUCUUCCACCUGGUUUGGCGAGUUUAAUAUGUGUUCCCUUCGAUACAUUACUUGUAUACUGUCAGGGGUUAGUAGAACUGCGAGUGGGGGCUCUAAUUCUUCCUGUAUUGAGAUUUCCUAUGGAAUCUUUUAAGAUAGGUAUUAAUGAUUCUAGAAGCAUAUUUGAUCGUGGUAAAGGGUUUCAGCACAUGAGGAGUUACUCUUGCUUUGUUAAAGUAUAUUUUUGUCAAGAUACAAUGGGUUCUAUGUUUAAGAAUGGUGUAUAUGGUAUGAUAUGAGCAAUGAGAGGACAAGAUCCAUGUUACUAUCACUGUGAGAGUUUCAAUUUAUGGUUCCAGUGUGUACAGCAACAACUAUUCGAUAUUUCAACCAUUUCCAUAUUGCAGCCAUGGGGUAAAGGUGUUGUUCGGUUUUAUCGAAUGCUUAACGGAACACUCCUGUUAGCAGAGACGUUAUCCACCCAAGUGACUGACAUCCUCACAACAAAAGGUGAUGUCUAUCCCUCAAAAAUCAGGUUUUUAUACUCUCCAUUGCUUACAUCUGAAAUGUUUACCAGACUUGCGGCUCAAGAGAGAAGUAUAUUGCAAGUUAGACAAUUUCUCACUGAUAUUUAUGCUGCCAUUUUUGUCAUGAUAUUCACAUAUGAGGAGGGGAUCUAUUCGACGGUUUUUGAACAGCUGGAGGUUUGCUUAGGCCUUCUAACCAAGUAUUUUCCUCCUUGUCAACAUAUGAGGGCUACAGACACGUAAGGUGAAGCUGUAGCUAAUGGGAACUUUCAAGCAGUCCAUCUUGUUGUUAGGUGUUUCGCUGGUAUUGGUAACAUCUUUGAUUACAAGGUUGAAGGAAAGGAUAAUUAUACUCCUGCCUUGGCUAAAGUAUAUAAAAGAGAUAUUGUGAAGCAGAGAGAAGUGUGGAAGGAUUCCAAUCUGCGUUAUACUGAAGAUUUAUGGUCAUCAACUGACAUGUUUGCACUGGUUGCGUUUAAGGGAGAAACUGAGACCAUGUAUGUACGGUGUACUUCGCAGGAAAACGGUCAGUAGACUGCUGCGCCCUUUAUUUCCAAGUACAAGGCCUUACAGGGUUUUUCUGUGAUAUAAUGGGUACUGGUCUUCUCGUGCGCAACUGUCAAACACUCAAGUCGGCUUAUUUAUCUCUCAUCCUUGAGGACAAGGAUGUUUUUAAGGAGGUGGAAUGUCAUGUACGGUGUACCAAUAUUGGAGGGGGUUGUCAUGUACUUGGGAUUGGAGGGUGUGCCCUUAUCAUAUUGGGGUUGGUUAUUAAUUUUUAGUAAUACUUUUAUCUUAUAUCAAUUGUAAGGGUGCUAGUCAUCCUCCUAAUCUAGCUAUAUAAAGCUAGUGACCCUGUGUAAGAGAGAUUAUCCAGUUUAAUGAAAAUGUAAUUUGUUUUUCCUCUGCUAA